ACGAUAGGAGAGAUCGCAACCGAGCCAAAGCCGUAUCAAAACCGCAUUGCGUGUUGGUGCUGAUAAAAUCGAAACGGCUGCGCGCCGAUCGAGCGAUCCCUCCUCCUCCUCCCCUCCAGACCUCCUCAUCACCCUGAGUCCCUGACUGACCUCGUCGUCUCCUCCAAUAAUCCAGGUCGCCCCCGUCCGUGUCCCAGUCAAUCGCGUCCGCGCUCACGCACCGCGUGGCGGCCACGAUCGGGGGGCUCCCGCUAUAUCUGCGGGGCCACGGCGCUUUUCCUCGAGCGAUCCUCUUUCCGGGGGGGUUCGCUUGUUGCGACCGAGCGCGCGGGCGAGAGCCGAUAGCUAGCUACUAGUAGCCGCCGCCCGAAGGCCAGAGUCCCCCGUGUGGGUCAUCUGUGAGGGUUUUGAGGUGGGAGAGGCUCGUUCGGUCGAUGGCGAUGGCGGCGGCGCCCGCGGUGUCGCCGGGGACGGUGCCGCUGGGCGUGCUGCUGCGGCGGGAGGUGACCAAGGAGCGGAUGGAGCGCCCCGACGUGCUGUGCGGGGAGGCCAGCCGCAGCCGCAAGGGCGAGGACUUCACGCUGCUCCGCGCCGACGCCGGCCGCCGCGUCGCCGGGGACCCGUCCACCUCCUUCUCCGUCUUCGCGCUGUUUGAUGGGCACAACGGAUCUGGAGCUGCCAUAUACGCGAAGGAGAAUCUGCUGCACAAUGUCUUGCGUGCCAUUCCUACGUGCUUGAGCAGAGAUGAGUGGCUUGCAGUGCUCCCACGUGCGCUUGUUGCAGCGUUUGUCAAGACGGAUAAAGAUUUCCAGAGGCUAGCCGGAACUUCUGGUACAACUGUGACAUUUGUGAUUGUAGACGAGUGGGUUGUAACGGUAGCAUCUGUUGGUGAUUCACGUUGCAUACUAGAAUCUGCUGAUGGUUCUUUCUACUAUUUAUCUGCUGAUCAUCGUUUCGACUCCAACCCUGAUGAGGUUGAACGAGUAACUGCAUGUGGGAGUAAGGUUGGGAAAAUGGAUAUUGUCGGUGGCCCAGAGGUUGGUCCUCUGAGAUGUUGGCCAGGUGGCUUGUGUCUAUCUAGAUCGAUAGGGGAUUUUGAUGUUGGUGAAUGUAUCAUCCCUGUUCCACAUGUUAAGCAAGUGAAGCUUUCCAAUGCUGGAGGCAGAAUUAUCAUCGCAAGUGAUGGUGUUUGGGACGAUUUGAGUUGUGAAAUGGCUCUUGACUGUUCUCGCGGGUUCCCAUCAGAUGUAGCUGCCAAUCGAAUUGUUAAUGAAGCAAUCCGGCCAAGAGGAAUCAGGGAUGAUACUACUUGCAUCGUAAUUGAUAUACUACCUCCAGAAAAAUUAGCUCCAACUCCUCCUAAGAGGCAGGGGAAAAUUGCGUUCAAUAAUAUGUUUCGCAAAAAAUCUCCAGAUGUGCCCUUUAAAACAGAUAGUGAAUAUGCUGAACCAGACGUGGUGGAAGAAAUAUUUGAAGAUGGCUCUGCAAUGCUUUCUAAAAGGCUAACCACCGGAUAUGCACUUGAGAAAAAUUUUGGGCGCUCUAGUUGUGCAGUUUGUUUGUCACGGUUGAAACCUGGGCAAGGGAUUUCACUGCAUGCCAACCCACUGCAAUAUGGAAAACUACAAGGUUGGCAAGGUCCUUUCCUGUGCCAUGUCUGUCAUGAUAAGAAAGAGGCAAUGGAGGGUAAACGAAGACGAAAAGAUUCUUCACCAACUGUCUUUGGUCACAUGUGCUAGGCCUGCCUAAUUGCCGGAACCAUUAUUUCGGACCACUAAAGAUUCUUUUAUUCAUAGCUGGAACCCCAGUAGUCAGCCCAUAACAAUUCUUUGGCUAGAAUUGACCGUUUCAGUCGAGAAAUUCAACGUAUUUUUGACAAACAGCCUGGAGAUUUAUUCAUUUGUUGGACUAGCAUAGGAAAACCCAUCUUGUUUUUCAAAAGACCACGGCUGUGUUCAGUUCAGCACAAGCUGAAAGCUGCUUCUACGGCUUCUCACUGUACAGAGGUCGUUGUCCUUGUAUAUAGAGCUCUGAAUGAUCAUUGGUCUUCUUGUAAUUUGUUGACGCCAGUUCACUGACGACGCCCGAGAAAAAUGAUUAGCCUAGCGAGGAGUCUCUUUCGAGAUCCACUGGUGAUUGUUUAAGUGAGUGCUCUAAUAAGCUUUGGAUUCUGUUGAUCGAUGA